UCCCUCAGUCAGGUUUCAGUGAGCAAUGACACACGUUUUAGGUCACACAUGUACUGUAAUUGCGCGCGAGUGCACGCAACGUCUCUCUCCACUCUCAAUGUGUAUUUUGUUCUAUAUACACUUAUUGCUUACAUCGUACUUGCAAACCAUUCGCUUUCCAUUCCCAAUUGGCGCAUUCAUUCAUCAGCAGCGCAGCUCUUCACAAUAACAUUUAUAAAAUUCAAUGAAAUCACUCAUUUCUUCUGAUGACUGAAAGAAAAGAAGAGCGAGGUAUUUUCGUUACAUAUCCUAUAAUAUAUUUUUCAAUUUUUAUGUGACCCAAUGAGUGGAAAGUUUUGCUAAUUAUUUACUGACCAGUUAUGAACUAUUUAUUUCUGCAGUUCGGGAAUAUGGACAGUAGAAAGAGGUGAAACAAUUUGUCGGGAAGUUUAUUGAUUGUUAUCAUCGAUCGAAUACAAUUGGACAAUUGGCUGAUUUUUUUUUUAAAGUCAAUUCCAUGAAGUUGUGCGACGUUCAAUCGUUUACAGAGAAACGUGAUAAAACAAUCUGAAUGCCAGUGCUUGAAGGUGGUGUCGCAAAGAAGCGAACUAGUGAACGUAUUCACAAGAUGCGGAUGAGAUUUUCUACAACGUCUAAAGAGUCUUAUACCCUGCUUUCCAAGAAACGAAAACAACAACUCGCCCAGUCAAUAUUCAACGAAACGGAGUCAAAGUCGCAGUCCACUGAGUCUUCGGAAUCCACUGUGGAGGCAAGUGAUGAUGAUCCUGAAGCCGUGAAGAAUACUACACAGGAUCUGUUCGAAUUAUUGGCGAAAGUGCAGAGUUCUAGGCUUGACGAUCAACGCUGUGUACUGCCUGCUUACAAUUGCAAUCAGUGUGGGCAGGAAAUGGAACGAUAGUGAUGGGAGGAGAUGGCGGUUAAGGGAGACCAGACAUGUUACAAAGGAACGGGAAACCAGUGGCGCAUAUACGACUGAAAUAAGUCGACCACGAAACGACAUCCGUUAAAUUCAAGACGAAUGAUAAGUUUUGCGGAAUUUUUUCAAUAACUAAGUCAAAUAAUGCCAUUAACUUACUCGAUGUACCACGUAUUCCAAGUAAAACUAAAAUUAUUCCGCUGAA